ACGAGCGCAACACUAUCGGCACGGCGGAACCUCUCUUUUUUCGCGUGAAAUACUCAAUUGCUUGUUCUCACUCCGGGGCUAAGGCGACUUGCGACUUGCGAUUAACGUAAUUUUCAUCCGUUCCGAUCCUACGAUGGCCAUCUCAAAACCCGAAUUAGCCUGCGUCUACGCCUCACUGAUCUUGGCCGACGACGACAUCGACAUCACGGGAGAAAAAAUCCAAACAGUCCUAAAGGCCGCCAAUGUUGAAGUUGAACCAUACUGGCCUGGUUUGUUUGCCAAGGCUUUAGAAUCUGCAAAUGUUAAAGAUUUAAUCACAAACAUUGGAUCAGCAGUAGGAGCUGUACCAGCUGCAGGCGCCGCAGCUGCUGCUCCAGCAGCUGAAGCCAAGGAAGAAAAGAAAGAAGAGAAGAAGGAAGAAGAGAGUGAAGAAGAAGACGAUGAUAUGGGCUUUGGUCUAUUUGAAUGAAAAUCUACUCCAUCGACUGACUUUCCUCGUACAAAAAUAAAAACAUUAACUUUAUUGGUUUUAUUUUGUAACUUGUACAACUAUGCAGAUUAAAAUCUAUGUAUUUGUAUUAUAAUUAUUAUUUUUUAUUCCUUUGUAUUUUCCAAUAUUCAAACACUAUUUUGUUGGUAUUUUAUUAAUUCUCAUCCUUAGGUAUACUGGUUAGCCCUUAUAUUUAAAAAUAUGAUGGAAGAAGCCAGUAAUUUAUCUAAUAUAUUUUAAAUAUAAGUCAAUUAAUAUUUAGUGACAACUUAAGAGUUGAGAAUUUAAAAAUAUAGUAUUUGAUUUAAAUGCAAUUAUUGCAUUCAAUAAAAAACGAUUCUGAGCAGACAAAA